AUGCAUCAAAUAUCUUAUGUACUCUCGAAAAAGGAUUUCAGCAAUACCAGUAUGACUGAAUUAUUAUCCAACAAAGACUUACUUAAGACACAAGGCUACAUCAACGGUACCUGGAUCUCAGCACCAGAUGGACUUACAUUUGAAGUUAUCAACCCAGGAAAUGGACAAGUUUUGGCCAAAGUUGCCGAGCUUGGGCCAAAUGAAGUUAAGGAGGCUGCAAUAGCUGCAAGCAAAUCUUUUGAAUCUUUCAAAUUAUUUUCUCCAAGGAGCAGAUCCGAUCUAUUAAAGAAAUGGAACGAAAAGAUUCUUCAAAAUUUGGAUGAUCUAGCUAAAUUGAUAAGCUUAGAAAAUGGAAAAGCCUUUUCAGACUCUUUAGGAGAGGUAAAGUACGCAGCCUCAUAUUUAGAAUGGUAUGCAGAAGAAGCUCCAAGAAUAUAUGGGGAUACGAUCUCUACUCUGAAUCCUUCAAACCGUACUUACACAAUAAGACAGCCAAUUGGUGUAUGUGCUUUCAUUACCCCAUGGAAUUUUCCUGCGGCAAUGAUCACCAGAAAGAUUGGAGCUGCUAUUGCAGCCGGAUGCUCUGUAAUAAUCAAGCCAGGAGCUGAGACCCCACUAACUGCUUUAGCUCUUGCCCAUCUAGCAGAACUAGCCGGUGUUCCUAGUGGUGUUGUCAAUGUUGUAACUACCCAAUGGAAUACCAGAAAAGUUGGCUUGGAACUUUGUAAAAAUAAGUUAAUAAAAAAGCUUUCUUUUACCGGGUCGACUGCAACAGGAAAAACUCUCAUGGAACAGUGUUCUUCAUCCUUAAAAAAAUUGUCCUUAGAGUUGGGAGGAAAUGCUCCGUUUAUCGUUUUUGGCGAUGCGGAUUUAGAUUGUGCUAUCGAAGGUCUAAUUGCUAGCAAAUUCAGGGUUAGUGGACAAACUUGUGUUUGCGCUAACAGAAUUUUCGUACAUCAAUCUGUAUAUGACGAUUUUGUGGAGAAAUUGGUAGCAUAUGUCAAGAAGUUUAAUGUAGGGUACGGUCUUGAUAGUAAUGUCACUCAUGGUCCUUUGAUUCACCAAGCAGCGCUCGAAAAAGUUGAUAUGCAUGUUAGCGACGCUGCAAGUAAAGGAGCCAAAAUUUUGAUAGGUGGACAAGCUUUAUCGCAAUUUGGAUCCAACUAUUAUUCUCCUACUGUUUUGACAGAAGUUACCACGGAAAUGCUCUGCACAAAAGAAGAAACAUUUGGUCCUGUAGCACCAAUUAUCAGGUUCAAUGAUGAUGCAGAAGUAAUAAACAAAGCUAAUGAUACUGACGUGGGUCUCGCAGGCUAUUUCUAUACACGCGAUGUUAGCCGUGCCUACCGUGUGGCAGAGGCUCUCGAAGUUGGUAUGGUAGGAGUAAAUGUCGGAGUAAUUUCCGACAGUGCUUUACCCUUUGGUGGAGUAAAAGAAAGUGGAUUUGGUAGAGAAGGCUCUAAAUAUGGUAUAGAUGAAUAUUUAGUAGUGAAGGCUGUUACAGUAGGAAUCUAG